AUGCGUUCUUACAUCGAGACUCUGCUUGCCCUUGGCGUCGUUCUGGGCAGCUGCCUGAACGUGGAGGCCGUAAUCGGUGGCAGUGGCGGUGGAUCUGUGUUUUCUUCAUCGAAAAAGAUGUGCGAACAGCGGUACAACGUUAACUGUUUGAAGCUGGAGCUCGUGUCCUUCCUGGAGCGCGUCACGAACCAGAAGGAGUACGAUCUGAUGGCCGGCGUGAGUGUGGUGCGUGACCCGGGCGCAAACGUCACCAAGACGGCCGAUCUGAUCGCGGAGGUGACGCGCAUUUUCCCAACGAAUCCCGAGAAACGCUUGGACGAGUUCCUGCUGACUAAGCUGAACGACUAUCUGCAAACGCACUCGCUGCGGCUAAAGUUCAUGGACAGUGACGCGUUCCAGAAGGCCCGGGAAGCGUUCAUCGGCCGCAAGGGCAAGCUCGGAAAAAAGGGUGGUCUGGAAACGUUGAUCGCCGGCGCUAUGAUGAUGAAAGGUACCUUAGCAGCCGUUGGGCUUGGAGCUUUGGCCCUGAUCGCGGGAAAAGCUUUGAUGACGGGACUGCUGGCCCUGAUGCUGGCCGCGAUCGUUGGCCUGAAAUCGCUGGCUGGCGGCGGUGGUGGUGGCCACAAAUCCACCACGUACGAGAUCGUGGCCAAGCCGAUGUACUCGCAUUCCCACUCGGAGCACGACGAGGCGGUGCACGGGCACACGGGCUACGGUGGGUACGGAAGGGCCUACGAUCUGGCCUACGGUGGCCAAAAGCCCCACUAA